AUGUUCGUCGAUGAAACUUUCAAGCGUCUGUUUUCGCACGCGGGUGUGAUUGGCUGCGCAAUAAUCGAUCGCGAAGCUGGUCGCAUCGUCCAUGCGCGUGGUUCAAAAUGUAUCAACAAAAGUGAUUUUAUUGCAAGCGUGGCGUCUUUGUUGACCAACACCGCCUCUUUUUCUCUCAAAAACGACGAAGUUGACUACGACGAAGAUGGUCGAGGAAUCAAUAUGUCACCAAGGUGCAUACGCCUCCGAUUCGAGCGAAACGAAUUAGUCAUUGCACCGGGAGAGGAAUAUGCCUUAGUCGUAAUCCAAGAGUGUAAGAGAUGA